AUGGAGCAAGCAACCAUCGAGCAGAUGAGUGCUGAUGAUGGUCUUUUCGGUGUCGAGGAGGCCGCCAUGCUGAUGACCAACUUCCAACAGAAGGCUGCCAUGUCCACGCAGGGAUCCAUGCCCGAGCCUAUCCUGGCCGAGUCCUCGUACUCUCAAGCCGGUGCCAUGACUCUACCUCAGAUGCAGUCGCAAACUCACUGGGACACAAUGGAAACGAUGAUACCUCACCCUAUGGCCAAGUCGCAGUCAAUAUCGUCUCAAAGCACCGCAACCGGUCCUGAUGGUCGUUUGCCAGCCAGCGCCAUGAGUAUUCACAACCAGCUGCCUCCGCUCAUGGAGCAGCAAUUCGGUAAUGCGUCGCUCUCUGCACUUGGAACGCCUGGUGCUUUGUCUCCCUUCACUUCGAUGAUGGGACCCGUGUCUCCAGUUGACUACCGUCGCUCGCCUGGCCCUCCUCAAGUUUGCACGAUGCCCAAGCCGCCCCAGGUCGAGUCUGAAGACCAGAUCGCCAGUAUCCUAUCAAACAUCAAGCACUGCGACAGCGAAGGUGCUCUGCUCGACACAUUCCGUCUGCCCCACGGUGACGACCUGAACCGUUAUUUGUCGACAUACUUCAACCUCUUCCACCACCACUUGCCUUUCUUGCACCCCUCGUCGUUCAACCCAGCACACGUCUCGGCACCCCUGCUCCUAUCGGUCCUCUCAGUUGGUGCGCUUUACGCCUUUGAGCAAGAUUCUGCAUACAUGCUCCACAUUGGCUCUAAGCUCCUAAUCAACCAGUUCCUGGUCAAUAAGGAAAACUUCAGUUCUCGCAAGUGUCCUAUCUGGGCUAUGCAAGCCACUCUGCUUAACAUGAUCUUCGCCAGCUGGAGUGGCGACCCGAAGGGCCUCGAGUGGGCUUGCUCAGUCAAGAGUCUUGUCGCCAACAUGGUCGCUGGUAACAGGUACGAGCUCAAGUUGCGUUCUGAAGCCCGCCAGGGUGCGCAACCUAACCAUCAAGAGUGGAUCGAAGACGAGAGCUGCCGUCGCACAUACUACGCUGUCUACAUAUUCUUUGGCCUACUGACCAUGACCUACAACCACACGCCUGCCAUCAGCUUUAACGAGUUCGACACACUGGAGCUGCCAUCAUCAGAAACCCUAUGGGCUCUCGAUGUGAACCAGAGUUCUAUCUGGCAUGAGAGCAUGAAGACUACGAAUAUCAUCACAUUCCAGGAAUCUCAUUGCAAUCUCUUCCAGGGUGAGCCUGCUCGCUACAGUGCCUUCGCGACUCGCGUCAUGAUCAACGCUCUCUUCCUCGAAGUCUGGUACCACAAGAGAUGCCCCGAGGCUUUGCAGGACGUUGUGACCGAAUACAAGCUUCGUCUGGCCUUGGAGUCAUGGGAGAAGUCUCUCGAGAUCUGUGAGCCUGAGACUGUUGUUGUUCAGCUCAGCGCACCUCACCGUGGACAUCCUCUUAUCUUCAACGCGAUGGCUGUGUACCGCAACACCACUGCUAGACUCAUGGUCGAUCUCAAGUCAGUUCAAGAGGCUCUUCGCUACCACGAUCCUUACGAAGUUGCCGCCGCCAUGACCAACGCAAGAGACAAGGUCAAGCGAUCUCCUGAGAUGCUCAAGGUUAUCCAAGCCUGCUUCGAUUGUGUCGAGGUCGCUGCCGUUCAUGGCAUUCGUUGGGUUGCUCGCACUUCUGCCACCAACUGGAGCAUUGAGCACCCUCUGUGUGGGCUUGAUCUGAUGGUCAUCUUGACGCUCUGGCUCUGGCGCGUUGAGCACGACGACGAAGCUCCCAAUGCUGAAGAGAUUGCCAUGUACGAGAAGCUUCGCAAUCUAUUUGACGACGACUCGGUUGAAAUGUACGGCAAACUCAGCUCAAUGGUUGCCCGCAUUUGGGGCAGCAUGAUCGACGAAGUGGUUGUCUGGGGCAUCACCAAACUCAUGGGUGAAUCGUUCAAGCUCCACGCUCAGGCACUCUCUGGUUAUGAGGAAGCAAUGCUUGCCCAAGAGCAGGCGCAUACUGCUCCCACUAUGACCUCCCACAAUCUCGCGGUGGCUGCCUACUGA